UGGACGCGUCGACAUCCUGGCAUUAUGUCGGGAUGGAGGGGGGCUCAGUCCUACCCCCCACUCCCUGGGCGCUCACCCUUCUCAUUUUUUCGCCUAGCGCCCCAUUUUGGGGCCAACCCUCGGAUCUCCUGGCCAAUCGAGAGGCUACACAUUGUUGCCUAAGAGACCCCGGAUGCCGGGGAAAGGCUGCGUAGACGGUGAUUGGACCACUGCAAGCAGUGGGGGCUGGAGAGUGCGAGGAAAGCAACUGGCAACUGUAGCAACAGCAGCGCCCGAGGCUGGAGGAGGGAGGCCCACAGAACAGGUAGAGUUCUUCUCAGGAAAGACUGUCCUGUUCAUGCACAAUGGCAUUUGCACCUCCGAAACGCAUAGACGGUCCCAAAAUGCAGACCAAGAUGAGUACCUGGACACCCUUAAACCAUCAGCUUUUGAAUGACCAAGUGUUUGAAGAAAGAAGAGCACUGCUGGGCAAAUGGUUUGACAAGUGGACGGACGCUCAGCGGAGGAGAGUCCUGGCUGGCCUGCUGGACCGCUGCUCGCUGUCCCAGCAGAAGUUCUGCUGCCGGAGACUGCAGGCGCGCAUCCCGGCCGAGGCACUGGACUUCACCACCCGGCUGCCCCGCGUGCUGUCCCUGCGCAUCUUCUCCUUCCUGGACCCCCGGACCCUCUGCCGCUGUGCACAGGUGAGCUGGCACUGGAAGAAUUUAACGGAGCUGGACCAACUGUGGAUGCUCAAGUGCUUGCGGUUCAACUGGUGCAUCGAUUUCUGCCCAACGCCCUUCGAGCAGGGUGUGUGGAAGAAGCUCUAUAUUCAGAGGGUGGAAGAGCUGCACGUGACCAAGCCGAAGACUCCUCCAAAAGAUGGCUUUGAGAUCGCCGAUGUCCGGCCAGUUACACACAGUCCUCCAGAAGAAAAGGCAUCCCCUUCCUCCACCUUCUGGUUCUCUUCUUUGAGAAAAAAGAAUGUACCCCGGGAGGGGGCACAGCCCCCGUGGCGAUCCUCCGACAAGCACCCCACGGAUAUCAUCCGCUUCAACUACCUGGACAACUGUGACCCCCUUGAGCAAGCCUGGCCAGGGAGAAGGAAAAGGCACGAAAUGACCCCAGAUUCCAGCCAGCAGUCACGCGAUAAGAAAAAUAAACUACAGGACAGAGCUAAGUUAAGGAAAGCACAGUCAUUGAUGUCAAGGAAAAGCUGUUUCUCACUGUAUCCCUGAACGCAGAUCCCAGCU